AACAAAAAUUAAAAUAAAAAGCUUCCUCUAUAUGCUAAUACCAUCCUUUCGUCCCAAAAAUUCUGGAAAAUUCUGAAGUUUAAAGCCAUUAGCAAUGCCUUGCUCAUUCUUUCGUCCCGAAAAUUCUGAAGUUUGAAGCCAUUAGCAAUGCCUUGCUCACCCUUUCGUCCCAAAAAUUCUGGGAAAUUCUGAAGUUUGAAGCCAUUAGCAAUGCCUUGUUCACCUUUCGUUCCAAAAUUUCUGGGAAUUCUGAAGGUCAAAAUUUGAAGCCAUUAGCAAUGCCUUGCUCAUUCUUUCGUCCCGAAAAUUCUGAGAAAUUCUGAAGUUUGAAGCCAUUAGCAAUUCCUUACUCACUCUUUCGUCCCAAAGAUUCUGGGAAAUCUGAAGCCGUCAAAUUUUGAAGCCAUUAGCAAUGGCUUGCGGAAUUUGUAAAACACUGGGUAUUAUUCAGUGUGUAGCUCCUUGUAUUUUUGAAAAAUAUUAUGUAGCAGAAACACUCGAUACAAUGGUCCGUCAUUACGGGUAUAACCUGUUGAAAGAAGUAGUAACAAAAAAACAUGCGAGUGACCCUGUGGAUUUGGAGGUUUGGAUACGUCUCAGAAUAGUAGAUAUUGAAAAAAUUAAUGAAUUGUACAGAUUCAGUUCAGGGAAAUCAGCAUAUCCAAUUCCGGAUGGAGAUCUGCCGGAUUGCGGUUCCGGUUCCGAUUCCGAUCCGGAUUUACCUCCAGAUAACGGAGCUCAUCAAAAAGAUCGAGUGGAAAAAGCUCGGGGAAAAGCUUCUGCUGAUGUUGGAGGUUCUUCUGCGGAUCCUGUUCAAGGAGUAGCUUCAAAUGCUCCGGCUCAAGCUCCGACUCCGGUUGAAGGAGCAGCUUCAAAACCUCCCGCUCAAGCUCCGACUCCGGUUCAAGGAGCAGCUUCAAAAGUUCCGGCUCAAGCUCCGACUCCGGUUCAAGUAGCAGCUUCAAAUGCUCCGGCUCAAGCUCCGACUCCGGUUCAAGUAGCAGCUUCAAAUGCUCCGGCUCAAGCUCUUGCUGCAGCUUCAAAAGCUCCGGCUCCGGUUCAAGAAGUAGCUUCAAAAGCUCCGGCUCCGGUUCAAGAAGUAGCUUCAAAAGCUCCGGCUCAAGCUCCGACUCCGGUUGAAGGAGCAGCUUCAAAAGCUCCGGCUCCAGUUCAAGGAGCAACUUCAAAUGCUCCGGCUCAAGCUCCGACUCCGGUUCAAGGAGCAACUUCAAAACCUCCGGCUCAAGCUCCGGCUCCAGUUCAAGGAGCAGCUUCAAAUGCUCCGGCUCAAGCUCCGACUCCGGUUCAAGUAGCAGCUUCAAAUGCUCCGGCUCAAGCUCCUGCUCUGGCAGCUUCAAAAGCUCCGGCUCAAGCUCCGGCUCCGGUUCAAGGAGCAGCUUCAAAAGAUCCGCCUCCUGGGAAAGAUAAUCUUCUAAAAACAAAAAUAUCAGGUUGUUCAUCUUCUGCUCCUGAUUCUGAUCCUGUUCAAGGAGCAAAAACAGGUUGUUCAUCUUUUGCUCCUAAUCCCUGUUCAAGGAGCAACUAAAGCUUAUCCUGAUCUAGUAGCUGUUCCAGCUUCACUUCCACCUCCACCGCCUUCUCCUCCAAAUCAAGUUCAAUCUGUUCAAACUCAUCUUUCUCAAGAUUUUUCAUUUGCUGCAGCUGAUCCAGCUGCAACUGUUGAUGAGUCUGUUGAUCCAGCUGCAGUUCAAGCUCCAACUCUUCAAAUUCCACCUUCUCAAGAUUUUUCAUUUGCUGCAGCUGGGCCUGCUCUGGAGGUUGAUGAUUCUAUUGUAGAAGGUGUUGUUAAUGUGGAUGAGUCUGCUGAUCCGGCCAGUUCAAGCUCCAUCAGUUCAAACUUUACCUUCUCAAGAUUUUUCAUUUGCUGCAGCUGGGCCUGCUCUAGAGGUUGAUGAUGCUGAUCCACCUCAACCACCUCCACCACCUGUUCAAACUCUUCCUCGGAGGUCGGUACGCUUGGCUGCUCAAGCUCCGGUACUUCCGAGGAGAUCGACACGAAUAGGUUUGCAGAGGCAGAAUACUGAGAUAGAUAAUAUGCGUGUCAUACGUCGGCCUCGUCGGCGUCAUCUUUGUCAUCCAUAUUGUACUUGUAGAAGAAGAAAUUGUCCAUGCUACCUAGCUAGAACGUAAAUAAUGACAUAGGAGAAAAAAGAGAGAUACAAGUCUAUUUUGUAGCUUCAAAACUUAGCUUUGCGUAUAUUCCACUCUUUCCAUGUAGUUCCACUCUUAUACGAAUAAAAUCUUCCUUUUUACUAUUGACUGGACGUGUUUGUUUCUUUCUAAGUUUAACUUUUAUGUAUUUAUGGCAGAUGAGAAGAUUUAAUCUUGCUUUAUAUAAUAAUUACUUGUUGAAUUUCCGGUUGUGCUGCGGUUGAGAGUCUGCUGGUUAUGAGGAAGCAUUAGUGUGUUUGUGGCAGAGAGUGAAUAUAUUGAAAUUUUCUUUUUAAAGCUCUCUGGAUCCAUCAGCAGCCAAUACCUGACUGUACUGCUUAUGGAUGCUCCCCUGGCUCUAGGAGAUGUGGAGAUUGAAAUAAUUGACAAACUGAUAUCUGUGCCUUAUGUUGAAAUGACACUGAAGUUGAUGGAGCGAUUUGGUGUCUUUGUGGAACACAGUAGUUGCUGGAAUAGAUAUUUGGUAAAAGGAGGUCAGAAGUACAAGUCUCCUGGGAAAGCAUUUGUGGAAGGAGAUGCCUCAAGUGCUAGCUAUUUUUUUGGGGGGGGGGGGCAGCUGUCAUGGGUGGAACUGUCACUGUUGAAGGUUGUGGAACAAGCAGUUUACAGGGGGAUUUUAAGUUUGCUGAGGUCCUCGAGAAGAUGGGGGCAGAAGUUACAUGGACGGAGAACAGUGUCACGGUUAAAGGACCUCAAAGGAACUCUUCUGGAAGGAAACAUUGCGUGCCAAUGACAUGAACAUGAGCAAAAUGCCAGAUGUGGCCAUGACUCUUGCUGUAGUUGCACUUUUUGCUGAUGGCCCCCUACUACCAUAAGAGAGGUAAAGUAAGGAAUCAACAGAGCUUUCAAGGUGUGAGGACCAUUUUUUUGCCAUUGUUUUCAUAUUCAGUGGCAUUUUCCUGGUCUAACAUGAAUUUAGCAGCCAAUGUGUCUUAUAGUACUGGCCUUUUGUUGCUGACAUUUCAGGACAUAAUGUCAUUACUCGAUCAGGUUAGAUUAGAACAGCAAAAGAUGGUUCUGUCUAAUUGACUGAAGUUUUGGUAUUUAACUCAAUUCAGAAAUCAGAAUCGGUAAUCGGUUUAUUGACGGAUGCAAAGAUGUUAAUUUUGUGAUUGGUUGGAGUUGGUGGAUUUAACAAUUCGAAAAGACUUCCAUCUUUAUAAGGCGCACUUGUCAGAUUUCUUGUUCUGAGUUGGUUGAUUUUAGCAGACUCUUAAUAAAUUGCUUUUGUAAAGUUCUUCAUGUCCAUUGUUUUUGGGUGCACACUUUCUCAAAAUUCUCCAGAGAUUACGAGCGGUUUUGAUAUCCAGUUCUACCCAUGCUACAUAGAAAAGCUGUGUGGUCGGAACUUGGAACUUCACUGGUUUGGAUUGUAUUAUUGAGCUUGAUCAUGUCAAACGGGUUGCUUGCUGUAGUGCUAGUUUACUGAGGUCUCUGGGCUUGCUUACUAUUUAAAUCAAAUUAUGGAGUCUUGAAACUCCGUCUAGAGAAUAUAGGUAGCCCAGCAUGCUUCAGCUAGUACUUUCUGAUCCUGUGCCAAUGCUGCCGAUUGUAGUUGGCUAUAUUGAUCCUGGGAAAUGGGCUGUAAUGGUUGAUGGAGAAGUCCGAUUUGGUCAUGCGAGUACUCUUGUUCAAUUUUGCUGUCAUUCUGUGCCAGUAUCUGUCUGCUUGUAUAGCCUUAGUUACAGACCGAGAUCUUGUGCAGGUUCGUAUUGCUCGGAUUUUCAAUACAUACGGACCUCAUAUGUGUUUAGAUGAUGGACGUGUUGUCAGCAACUUUGUUGCUCAGAUUUGUUUAAUAAGCCCAUCAUAUCAUUUAGUUUAACUUGAGCUUGUAUUGGUAUUUAUUGUUAUUCUAAAACCAUGUUUGCAGGCCAUCCGCAAGCAACCAAGGACAGUAUAUGGCGAUGGAAAGCAAACUCAUAGUUUUCAAUUCGUCUCUGAUCUGGUUGAUGGAUUAGUGGCCCUCAUGGAGGGUGAGCACAUUGGCCCUUUCAACUUCCAAGAGAAUUUACCAUGUUGGAGCUUGCUGGGGUGGUGAAAGAAGUGAUUGAUCCCAGUGCCACUAUUGAGUUGAAAGCCAACACUGCUGAUGAUCCUCACAAGAGGAAACCUGAUAUUAGCAAAGCAAAGGAACUACUAAACUGGGAACCAAAAAUAUCGUUGCAAGAGGGGCUUCCUCUCAUGGUCAAUGAUUUCCGCAAUCGUAUCUUGAAUGAAGAUGAAGGCAAAGGGAACUAAACAAGGAUACUUAUCAAGAAAAAUUAGUUUGUAUAGCUCGAAACUUAUUUUCAUUGUUUAUUACACUUGAAGUUGUUUUUUUCCGCUUUUUUUUUUUUGUAUUCUUUGUUGUAAUAGCAGAUGGAUCGCUAAGCGACAAGCCCCGUCUAUAUAUAUGUUCUUUUCCAACAAUGUUUGCUAUUUUUGGGCAAACUGCCCUGUGAUGUUAUAACGAUCAAGUGUUUUUGUUAUGAUGAAAUCUCCAUAUGUGAACGUUCAUAUGGUUGUUCGUGUUA